ACGGCAGAAUGUGGAGCGCGCUGCGCGCAUCCUAUCCAUGUCUCCGGAGCGCGCACGGAGGCGGUCCGGUUGCUUCAGUUUCUCUUGGCUUUUUCUGCCAGUGUAUGCGUUCCAGUACCGAAAGAGAGUGAGAGAUACGGGAAUACUUAACAUCGGGGUUAACAACACCGAUUUUUAGCACGGACAACCACUUACCCCGAAACUGACAGGACCAAGAUGUCCAGUGAAGUGCAAAGACCUGACAACAGCCCCAGUACAAGUGGGGGGAGCUCUGACCUAGAUCAGCGGGACAGUGUUCAACAAGAACAAGAAAGAGAACAAACGCAGCCGAAGAAAAAAGAGACAAAAAUCUCAAGCAAAACCGCUGCAAAGCUUUCAACAAGCGCCAAAAGGAUUCAGAAGGAGCUAGCAGAAAUAACACUGGACCCUCCUCCCAAUUGCAGGGUGGUGGUCUACUGCUGGUGGAUCCUCUACAGUAGAUGGUGGGAAGGUUUGUGGAUGUUAAUUGAAAAGACCCUGCUAAGUGAAAGUGCCGGUCCUAAGGGAGAUAACAUCUAUGAAUGGAGGUCGACAAUCCUGGGCCCCCCUGGGUCAGUGUACGAGGGAGGCGUCUUCUUCCUGGACAUCACAUUCACACCCGACUACCCUUUCAAACCUCCCAAGGUGACCUUCAGGACAAGAAUCUACCACUGUAAUAUUAACAGCCAGGGAGUGAUCUGCUUGGAUAUCCUAAAAGACAACUGGAGCCCAGCACUUACCAUCUCCAAGGUUCUCUUAUCUAUCUGCUCGCUCCUUACAGACUGUAACCCUGCUGACCCACUCGUUGGAAGCAUUGCCACGCAGUAUCUCACCAACAGAGCAGAGCAUGAUAGAAUAGCCAGGCAGUGGACCAAGAGAUAUGCCACAUAAGAAUCCUCUACGGAACGUUUCUUAAACUGUAAAAGCACAUUCACUAAGUGCAACCGUAGACCAUCCCUUUCCCCUGUACUUUUUGUUUACCUUUUUGUGAAAGAAAUGUCCUUUGUUCCUUGCUGACUUGAAUGCUUCUUUUUUUAUACAAAGAGUAGAUGGGGAUUUUUAUUUUCCCAUUCAUUGAAUGUUGGAACUGUUAUUGAAAAAAAGCAUUAUUAUUACCCAGCUAUGUAUAUGUGUGUUGUUUUCCUUUUAAGUAGGUCCCUGGAACAAUUUCAGAUUAUAUCUUGUUUCUACUUCAACGUAGUGUUUAGAAUAAUGUUUUUGUACUUAAAUCAUUUAAUGGUGGGUGCAUGUUAACAGGAUGAAGAUUUGUAUUUACCUUAAAAGAGUAAUCACUGUGCAUCUCACAAACUCUGUUCAUCAUCUACCUUUUGAUUUUUACAAAAGGUUGUUGAUGCAGACUAAGGAAUUCUGUAUUUUGAAGAUCUACAUAAAAAAGUGGUUGUAAAUUCCCUAGUUACCUGCCACUUCUGACUGUAGAUCAGUUUGAUGUACACUUGUAUUAUUAAAUCACUCAAUAAAACACUGUGGCUGAAAAUAAAUCCCUUUGUACCUGU